AUGGCAUCUUUCAACAAAUUUAAAAACGUGCUAAUGCUGGCGUUUGACUGGAUCCUGUAUGGUGCUGGUGUUGCAGGUCACUGCCAAGUCACUGUGGCCCAGCCCAGGUUUCAGCAGGCUGACUCCUCCAAGAACGUGUCCCUACCCUGCUCCUUCUCUGCCUCUGGAUGCUCCUCACCCCAACCUGAAGUUCUGUGGUUUCGCUUUUUAACUAGUACACAUCAGGGUUUGUGUACUCCUGGCUGCACAGAUCAUCAGAAGUACAAAGUACAUUCAGCAGGAAAUAGCAUCUCACUUCAGAUAAAAGAUCUGACUGAAGAUGACAGCGCUGUUUAUAUCUGUGGAAUAGCAUUUUCAGACUCGUCACCCCUUUCUAAACAAACAGGAGAUGGAACAGUACUAACAGUAACAGGAUCAGGAAAGCAGCUCAGCCAUGGAAAACUCAUCUCCAUGAUCAUUGCUUCAACCUUACUGUUCCUGUACAGCUCUGCUGUGCUCAUUUCCUUUGUGGUCUACAAGCUAAAACCAAAGCUGCAAAAGAAAAGUGGGAAAGACCAAACAACAGAGAACUGUAAAAUAAAUAGCGGCCGAAAAAUUUUUCAAGCAAUUGCUCAAGAGCUUCAAAAGCAGAGAUAUGCUCAACACCAACAACAGCCUGAGGAUUUGGAAGAUGACACUGUUUAUCAGAACAGAUGAGCACAUGCAGCACUUGAGAUUUUUUCAACAGUUCUCCUGCAUGCAAAGGAGCAGGUGAGGAAGUUAAGCUUCUUCACAGACUUCUUUGCUUUGAAGGAAGAGGAGAAAACCUUGCAGGGCAGUGUUCUUCAGGAGUAUUUCUAAACAGAUCACCAGAACCAAGGGCAUUGUACCUUACAUCUGUGUUACAAAUUCAAUUUUCCAUUUCCAAGAACCCUGGGAAAAGACUUCAUCUUU